AUGGCGGCACUUCCGUUUUCCACACCACCUUCACACAUUCAUUCCCUACUCAUCGAUCACUCCGCCAACAUUCAUCUUGUUCCAGGAACUACCCUCGUUUGUGAUUCGAUGUUCCAGAUCUCAGAAGUCAAGCCUUUGAUUUCACAAUCAUCAUCUUCAAACCUUCCCGAUUUCAAAAAAUCCGUGAAGCUCAAGUAUGUAAAACUAGGGUAUCAUUAUCUAAUAACCCAUGGAAUGUAUCUGUUCUUAUCUCCUCUCGUCGUCGUUCUCGCUGCUCAAUUGUCGACAUUUUCUCUCGAAGAUAUUCACGUUCUUUGGGAUCAUCUCCGAUUCAAUCUCAUAUCAGUCGUCGUAUGCUCCACCCUUUUAGUCUUUCUAUCAACUCUCUACUUCCUAACUCGCCCUCGCCCAGUUUACCUUGUAAACUUCUCAUGCUACAAACCUGAAGAAGAUCGAAAAUGCACAAGACAGAAAUUCCUUCAAUGUUCGACAUCAACAGGUACGUUCACAGAUCAAAGUCUCGAGUUUCAAAAAAAAAUCCUCGAAAGAUCCGGUCUUGGCGAAUCAACCUACCUCCCUGAAGCUGUUCUUCGAAUCCCCCCAAAUCCAUGCAUGGAAGAAGCAAGAAAAGAAGCAGAACUUGUAAUGUUCGGCGCCAUUGACGAACUCCUAGCAAAAACAGGUAUCAAACCAAAAGACAUCGGGAUUUUAGUCGUUAACUGUAGUCUCUUCAAUCCUACCCCUUCUUUAACUUCAAUGAUUGUCAACCAUUACAAACUUCGAGGCAACAUUCUAAGCUUCAAUCUCGGUGGAAUGGGUUGUUCAGCUGGUUUAAUCGCUAUUGAUUUAGCUAAAGACCUUCUCCAAGUAAACCCUAAUUCAUACGCACUAGUCAUGAGCAUGGAAAACAUCACCUUAAAUUGGUACUUCGGAAACGAAAGAUCAAUGCUUGUUUCCAAUUGCUUAUUCCGCAUGGGAGGAGCUGCAAUUCUCUUAUCCAACAAAUCAUCCGACAAAAAAAUCUCAAAAUAUCAACUCGUUCACACAGUAAGAACACACAAAGGCUCAGAUGACAAAUGUUUCUCAUGCGUAACACAAUUGGAAGACCCAAUUGGGAAAAUCGGAGUUUCAUUAUCAAAAGAUUUAAUGGGAGUUGCAGGAGACGCAUUAAAAACCAACAUCACAACAUUAGGUCCUUUAGUGUUACCAAUGUCUGAACAAUUACUUUUUUUUGCAACUUUAGUUGGAAAAAAGGUUUUAAGAAGGAAGAUUAAACCAUAUAUUCCUGAUUUUAAACUUGCGUUUGAGCAUUUUUGUAUUCAUGCGGGUGGAAGAGCUGUUCUUGAUGAAAUAGAGAAGAAUUUGCAGCUUUCUGAUUGGCAUAUGGAGCCUUCAAGAAUGACAUUGAAUAGAUUUGGGAAUACUUCAAGUAGUUCACCUUGGUAUGAAUUAGCUUAUUCAGAAGCAAAAGGAAGGAUUAAAAAAGGUGAUAGAGCAUGGCAGAUUGCGUUUGGAUCAGGGUUUAAGUGUAAUAGUGCUGUUUGGAAAGCUUUGAAGACAAUCAAUCCUUCAAAAGAAAAAAAUUUGAAUCCUUGGAUUGAUGAGAUUCAUCAGUUUCCUGUUCAUGUUCCUAAGUUUUCUGCUUUAUAA